AGUAACACAGCCUUGCAUUACAAACGAUUACAUAAACUGAAAAUAUACGUCAAACUUAAUAUCUGCAGCUGUACUUCACAAAUGUUAUGACUGUUAAGUUUAUUAAUUGGGCGUGACCCAAAAAUUAUCCAGCUAACGUUAUGCUAUGCUAGCGAAAACCUUGGAAGCAGGACCUUUAUCGACUGAAAUACAGACAUCUGUCCUUUCUAAAAUUAUAACGCAAACAAGUGAUGAAAACACAAAAAAAUCCGAUACGCACAAGGGAUGUAAGAAUCGACGCAAUAUACGAAAAUCUUCGUUUACUGGAGCUCUUCCCGGAGAUAUGGGAGAUACGGUUGCUUCCUCUGCUUUUGGUCGGCCCUGGAAGAUGGAGCGCACCCGGAAAAACAAAAUGAAGCGCGGAACCAACGACCGGGAAGAUCGCGUGAGACCGACCGGAGCCACACAGAUGUUACCCCGGAUGCAGACAGGGCACGGGUGUGUGGCUGCAAUCAUGCACCAUUCUUAUAUAACCAGAACUGCCACCCAACAAUCACAUUUCACACUGACUGAGAACAUGAGUGAUCUCUGCAGAAGGAAACCGCAUGAGACUGAAGAACAAAGAGACCUGAUGGAAGUGAGCAAGAAAGGAAAAAAAGAAACCCCAAAAUCUGUCAAUGGCUCUUCUCACACGAGAAUUCGUACUAGAAAGAAGCAGAAACACAAAAAAGCCAUCAGGCAGCAAGUGAGGAUCCACGCUGGAGAUGAACUGUACACAUGUGAUCAGUGUGAGGAGAGUUUCACAUGCAAAGAAGACCUGAAGAAACACAUGAAAAUCCACAGUGGAGAGAAGCUCCACACGUGUGAUCAGUGCGGCAAGGGUUUCAAACUCAAAGGACAUCUUGGGAUACACACGAGAAUCCACACUGAAGAGAAGCCGUUCACAUGUGAUCAGUGCGGGAAGAGUUUCUCACAAAAAGCACACCUUAAGGAGCACAUGAAAAUCCACACCGGUGAAAGGCCGUACUCAUGUGAUCACUGUGGGAAGAGUUUCCUACGAAAAGACAGCGUUCAGAGACACAUGACAAUCCACACUGGAGAGACGUCAUUCACAUGUGAUCAAUGUGGGAAGAGUUUUGACGUCAAAAGAAGCCUGUUAUCACACAUGAAAAUCCACAAUGGAAAGAAGUCACAUGUUUGUGAGCAGUGUGGGGAGAGAUUCAGAUGCAAAAUAGAUCUCAGGCAACACAUGACGAUCCACACUGAAUACAGGCCGCACGCAUGUGAUCAAUGCGGGAAGGGGUUCACACGAAAAGAACACCUUCAAAGACACAUGCUUAUCCACACUGGAGAGAAGGAGUACUCGUGUGAUCAGUGCGCAAAGAGUUUCUCUCUAAAGCAAUCCCUUAAGAGCCACAUGCUGGUUCACACUGAAGAAAAGCCGCACACAUGUGAUCAGUGUGGGAUGGGUUUUAUAAGAAAAAACGUCCUUGCGGUACACAUGACUAUCCACACUGGAGAGAAGCCACACACAUGUGAUCAGUGCGGGAAGAGUUUUGCACUCAAAAAAAGCCUUAAUGAACACAUGAAAGUUCACACCGGAGAGAAGCCGCACACGUGUGAGCAAUGCGGGAUGAAAUUCACACAAAGAUCCAACCUUAUGGUACACAAGAAAAUCCACACUGGAGAAAAGCUACACGCUUGUGAUGAAUGUGCUAGGAGUUUCACACACAGUUCCACGCUAAAAAAACAUCUACAAACCCAUUCUGAACAUAAACCGUUUUACUGUGAUCAAUGCGGCAAAGGUUUUAAUCUGGAAUCAACCCUGAAGAGCCACCUGAAAGUUCAUGCUAAAGUCAGAAAUUAUUUUUGUCUUUUCUGUGACAAGAGUUUUAGUCUGCUGAGUGUUUUUAAACUGCACCAGAGAAGACACGGCUCUGUGAAGUCUUUUCUGUGCUUUGAGUGUGGGAGGUCCUUUUUUACAAAUACUGAACUGAAACAGCACCAGACCAGUCACACUGGAGAGAAACCUUACAAGUGUUCGCACUGUGACAAGGGAUUCUCUUUGUUGGGAAACAUGAAAAAACAUGAGGGGAUCCAUACUAGAGAGAAGCUGCAGACGCUGCCCUCCAAAUCCUUGCUACGUCUAACCCCGCUCGCUAUGGAGUUCUUUGGAGGAGGUUUGAUGAGAUUUAUGUUAUCCUGGACGUGUUAUUGCAGCAUCAUUUCCUUUCCCGCACCAGCGCCUCAUUUUCGGAGAAUUUCUACGGUCUGAAGCGCGCAGGAGAAGACGGCACACGUGCAGCUCAUCUGGGACUCCGGCGCAGACAGCACUGGCGCUCCUUGUUCCUUCUGACCCUCCUUCCUUACCUACACACCAAACUGGAAAAAAUCCUGGCUCGACAGAGAGACGAGGACGAUU